CCUCUGCGGCGGGGCUCCCGGUGGCCUUUGGAGGCUCGGCGAGUCGGCUCCAAAUGUUUUCCAUAUUUGUUCAGCCUCCGUAAUUCGAAUACCAGGGCAGGCUCAGCCCGCCCAGCGCCGCGCUCCGGGGCCCAGCGCGCUGCACACGCACCCACCCACCCACGCAGCGGCCAUGGGCAAGGACAAGCAGCCCCGCGGCCAGCGCAGGCAGGGGGGGCCGGCCGCGGACGCCGCCGGACCCGACGACAUGGGGCCGAAGACGGGCAAAAGGGCCCCCAAGGAGUGCGGGGAGGAGGAGGCCCGGACGUGCUGCGGCUGCCGGUUCCCGCUGCUGCUCGCGCUGCUGCAGCUGGCCCUGGGCAUCGCCGUGACCGUGCUGGGCUUUCUCAUGGCGAGCAUCAGCUCCUCCCUGCUAGUCAGAGACACUCCAUUUUGGGCUGGGAUCAUUGUCUGCCUAGUGGCGUAUCUUGGUUUGUUUAUGCUUUGUGUCUCAUAUCAAGUUGACGAACGGACAUGUAUCCAGUUUGUUAUGAAACUCUUGUACUUUCUGCUGAGUGCCCUGGGCUUGAUGGUCUGCGUGCUGGCCGUGGCCUUCGCUGCCCACCACUAUUCGCAGCUCACACAGUUUACCUGUGGAACAGCACUUGAUGCCUGUCAGUGCAAACUGCCCUCCUUGGAGCCGCUCAGCAGGACCUUUGUGUACAGGGAUGUGACUGACUGUACCAGCAUCACCGGCACGUUCAAACUGUUCUUACUCAUCCAAAUGAUUCUUAACUUGGUCUGCGGCCUUGUGUGCUUGGUGGCCUGUUUUGUCAUGUGGAAACACAGGUACCAGGUCUUUUACGUGGGUGUCCGAAUGUGCUCCCUAACAGCUUCCGAAGGCCAGCAGCAAAAGGUCUAACAUACUCGCUCAAAGGUGGGAGAGAAAACAGCACACUGACUAGCUGGGGUCAAAAAAGGAAAAGGAAAAAGAAAAAGAAGAGGAAGAAAGGAAGAAAAAAAAAACUUUCAACAAUAACUAAUAUUCACUGUUGUAAAUGAAUAUUGUUCUAUUUUUCAGGAAAUAAGAGCAUUUCUUCAGGUUUCUAUAGUAUUUUUAAAAAUUCUUACAGGGAAAAUAAGAUCCAAAUUGACUUUAAGACAUUAAAAGAACACUGAACGGGGAAGGAAUGGCAUACAUUUAUUUUUGCAGGUUGGAGUUUAUUUCUUAGUACAGAUUACCCCCACCCCCGCUUUCUGAACAUAGAGCAUUCCCAUGAAAACUUCCGUGAACCGAAAUGGGGUAAAGCGAAGACACUGUUUUGUAGAAGCAGAAAUCUUCAGAUUUCUUUUGGUUGGCGAAAAUGGGUGCUAAUGUAGAUAUUUCCUAAAGCAAAACGGCGUAGAGCAAACUUUCGGAUAGCGGGGAAAACCUGUACUCAUUUUAUUCAUUAUUUAUAUAAUCCUCUUUCCUGUUCAGUUUAUAGUGUGCAUUGGCAUUUCAGGACCACUUGCUAAAUUUUGCGGUCGUUUCCAGAACUUCCCACCUCCCCCCAUUCCUUUCACUAUGCCUUGUAGAAAGGGGGGAGAGCUGAGCAACUAGGUUGACUCUCUGGAUUCUCCCUGGUUAGAGAUGUCUUCAAGGCAUGAAACAGCUUCAAGGGUCAGAGUAGAAAAGGAAGAGACUUUGCAAAGGCUAAAUAAUUAUCAGCACCUGGGCUGGGGUGGAGGCCUUUUCUCUUCCGCUCCCUUAGUUUGGCUCUGUAAGUAGAUCACUUACUAAAUACUUUGGAUGAUUGUCUGCUUCUCAAUAAUUGAAAGUUGGUGGUAGUUGUAUUCUUAAUGAUGUAGAAGGCUUAAAAAUAAUUACAUUAUGCUUCUAUUCUACCAUCUAAAACAAAUCAUUAAAACUAAUUUCUACCUAAUUGUUAAUUAUAAUUAUGCUCAGAAGCCUACUUAAUGAGCCCUGUCUGUACUUAUGUAGCACCAUCGGCAUUAGGAGAAAUUACUCUCACAAGAGAGGAGGCUUAAAGAUUCUUUCUUCUGAAAGCCAAGCUUUACAAAGGAGAAGAAAAAAAUUUCUUUAUUAAUAGCUCAGGUUAAAAAUAUUCAUUUAAACAAAAACAAGAGCAUUUGUAAUGGGAAAUGUUUAUACAAAUAGCACAUUUGUGAUACGUUAUAAAGUAUCUCUCUUGGCAGCUAAGUACUUUUGAGGAAGACUGGGUAAUGCCGAAGUGUUCCAUUCACAAAAGUGCAUCUGAUAUGCAAUCUUAUUAUUGAUAUUUGUAUCCAGUCAACCUAGAGACUUGAACUAAUGUCUUGAUGUCCUUAUUUGAGCAUAUGCCCAUUGACUGGGAAGGUAAUUUUUAUUUUGUUUUGUUUUUAAGUUACUGUGACUUAAAAAAGCACAGGCACGCUGGGGUGGGAGUCUUUUCUCUCUUACUUGGUUCUGAACAAUACCAAUAUUUUAAGGAAGGAGCUCAGAAUGCAAAUGCAUGCAGCAUAAAUGUUAUCAAGAUCUUUCUCUCUUAGCAUGCUCUAUUGAAAUCAGAAAUUCAAGAUAAUAAUUGAGAUGAAUUUGCCUCUCCACAUUGCCUUUUGAUAUACUCUGCUAGUCAUGAAAUUCUACCCUACAAGAAAAUCAUUUUCUUGUUUGCCUUAGAAAAUAGUUGAACAAUUCCAUUGGUUGUGACGAUAGUGUCAAUUUCUACACAAUAUAAAUAUCCAAAUAAAAGGAAAAACAUUAAGUCAGUUAGUUGGAGAAUUGUAAAAAGCUUUUAUGUCCUCCAGAUAAAACACCUGAUUAACAGAUGUUAAAACCUUUUUUUUUAAUGUAUUGACUUGCUUAAAAAAUGGCCUUCCUACACACCAGCUCAGGCCAAGAACUCACACUUAGUAGAUAAGACUCUGGAGCAGAGGUUGGAUUACACGCAAAAACUAUAUCGAGAGAACACCAAGCAUCCGGAUGAUGACCUAAAAAAAAAAAACAA